AUGUUUAAGUCAAAAAUGAUUGAGCAAUAAACAGAUUUCUUCUGUGCUCAUAAUCAUAACCUACCUAUUAUGUCAGUAAUUCUAAAUUAAUAAGAGUUAAAUUUAACAAAUAGGUUAUUAUGCUCUGAAUGUAUAGAGAAUAUUGAUUAGAGCUCACUAGAACUUAUUGGAUUUAAAAAAGCUAUUUAAUUGAUAGAUGAUUAAUAAUCAUAGAAGAUGAAAUUUAUUGAAAAUUUUCUAGAAACAAAUAUUCAGGAAGUUGAUCGCUUUUUAAAUUAAGUCUCAGAAUUUAAAUCAUAAGUUGUUUAGUCAUUGGAAUAUCUUAAUUCAAUGUCAAUGCAGUAUAUUCUAAGCUUAAAACAAAUAGGAAUUGAAUAUUCAAAUUACAGUUUUAGCUCAGGAUUAAAUUUUUUAAUAAAUAAAGAAAAAUCUGCCUUAGAUUAUGGAUAAUUGAUGAAAGAUAUCAAUAAAAUAUUUAAUAUUUGGUAUCAAAAAGCGAAUCCAAAACUAUAAUAAUUUAAAAGUUUUGAAGGAUAUACUAAAUGCUAAGAGAUUUUAGAUUAUUAUUUAGAAUUACACUAGAAACAACAAGCACCAACAAAAGGGGCCAAUUUUAAAUUUGUAUAGAUUCAAAAUAAUACUUAAAUUUUUUAAGAAGAAUGGUGUGGAGCAGUAGCAAUCAAUAAUGAUAAUUCAAUUGUAGCAGCAGGAUGUAAAAAGGAUAUAAAAAUAUUUGAGUUCAAAUAAGGAAUAAUGAAAUGUGUUUAGCUUCUAAAAGAACAUAAAAAUGAUGUGAAUACUCUUUUUUUUUUAAAAAAGACUUAACCUUAAUAAUUAAUUUCUGGGGGAGAUGAUGAUAUUAUUAUUAUUUGGUCAUCAACUAUCCCUUGGUACACUAACAUAUUAAAAUGGUCAUGUCAUUAAAAAUUAAUAGGACAUACAUCUUAUAUAUGGUGUUUAAUUGUGAAUAAUAUCGAAGAUCUAAUAAUAUCAGGAAGUAGAGAUAAAACAAUAAAAUUUUGGGAUAAAAAAAAAUCUUAAAAUUAAUAAUUAUGGGAGUGUUCUUAAACAAUUUCUCAUCAUACUAAUUGGGUUUACUCACUUAGUUUAAGUUCUUCAUAAAAAAAAUUGAUUUCUUGUUCAGAAGAUUGUUAAAUUUUGAUAAUUCAAUAAUAACUAUCUUUAGAAUGGUGUGUGAUAUAAGUUAUAUAAGUUGAAAUUGAAGGAGUAAGAUUAUGUUUUAUAAAUGAUACUAUUUUCACUGUUUAACCUUAUGAGGGAAAAUAUAUGUAGAUUUAUGAACUCAAUGAAUAAGAUUAGUAUAUUAAAACUAGAGAUCUAGCUGUAAAAGGUGAUAAUGAAGUAUGCAGAGCAUUCUUUCCAUAACAGUAUAUUUCUUAAAAAAAACUUUUAAUUAACAAGAAUGGUUAUCAUAUUAAUUUAAUUUGUUAUGAUAAUAGGUACUCAUUAAAUUUAAUUUAGUGGAGAAUUCAUUAUUGUGUAAUCAAUAAAUUUUGGUGAGGUCCCUUAUGGCCAGUUGUAUGGCACUCUAAGUGAUAAUGGUCAAUAUAUAAUAACUUGGGAUCGUAAAUCAAAAGAAUUCCAAAUAAGAGAGUUUUAAUUCACAUGA